AUGAGUACGAUAUUUACAAGUAAAGAGAGAAAACAAAAUUGUUUAUCACAACUAGAAAAAUAUAAUGGAAUUGAUGAUGAAUGUUUUGAAGGAAGUAAUGAUCUUGUUGAGAUUGAUAUACCAACAACUAUUGAGUGGAUAGGAGAGAAUUGUUUUAAAGAAUGUACAAGACUAACAUCAAUUAAUAUACCAACAACAGUUACUGAAAUAGGAAAUGGAAGUUUUAAAGGAUGUUCAUCGUUAGUAACAAUUAAUAUACCAUCAUCAAUUAAUAAAAUAAAGUAUGAAUGUUUUCGUGAAUGUACAUCACUUGUGUAUAUUAAAUUCCCAACAUCAAUUACAUCAAUAGGAAAUGAAUGUUUUAAGAAUUGUUACAACCUAAAGAAAAUUAAUAUACCUACUUCAAUUAAAGAACUUGGAAAUAAUUGUUUUAGUGGAUGUUCAUCAUUAAGAAGUAUUGAAAUACCAACAUCUAUUAGCACAUUACCAAUUAAUUGUUUUAAUGGAUGUAAAUCAUUAAGGAACAUUGAAAUACCAACAUCAAUUAGUGUAAUACCUAUCAAUUGUUUUUGUGGAUGUACAUCUUUAACAUCAAUCACUUUACCAUCAUCAAUUAAUAAAAUAGAAGAAACUAGUUUUCGAAAUUGUUCAUCAUUAUCAUCAAUUGACAUACCAUCAACAAUUAGUGAAUUAGAAACUACUUGUUUUAGUGGUUGUACUUCAUUAACAUCAAUUAACAUAUCUACAUCAGUAAAUCAAACAGAAAGUUGGUGUUGGUUUAAUGGAUGUAUGUCAUUAACAGCAAUCACAAUAACAACAAGAGUCAAGAAAAUAGAAGAACAUUAUCAAAAAUAUAAAUCAUUAAAAUCAGUGAGCAUCCCUACAUCAAUUAAUGGAUUAGGAAAUUGGUAUUUUAAAGGAUGUACGUCAUUAACAAGAAUUGAUAUUCCAACCACAGUUAAUGUAAUAGGAUGUGGUUGUUUUAAAAGUUGUUUGUCAUUAAGUUCAAUCACUCUUUCAACAUCAAUCAGUAAAUUAAAAGAAUGGUGUUUUGAAGACUGUUUAUCAUUAACAAGUAUUAAUAUACCAUCAACAAUUAAUGAAAUAGAAACAGGUUGUUUUAAAAAUUGUUUAUCAUUAAGAUCAAUCAAUAUUCCAUCAUCAGUAAGUCAAAUAGGAGAUUGGUGCUUUGAAGAGUGUUCGUCGUUGACAUCAAUUACUAUACCUACUUCAGUCAGCAAACUAGGACCUGGCUGUUUUAAAAAUUGUUUGUCAUUAAGGACAAUCACAUUGCCAUCAUCAAUUAGUCAAAUAGGAGAAUGGUGCUUUGAAGGAUGUACGUCAUUAAAAAGUAUUAACAUACCAACGUCUGUUCAUGAAUUAGUAAAAGAGUGCUUUAAAAAUUGUUCAUCAUUAACACAAAUUGACGUACCAACAUCAGUCACAAACAUUGAGGAAAGAUGUUUUUUGGGAUGUCCAGAAGAGUUAAAGAGGAAUAAAGUGCUUAAAAAGUUGUAUUAUGAUGGAUGUGUUAUAGUUUAA